GGGGGUGAGACGUGGUGGGUUUGACUCGCGGGCUCCGUGAGGCUCGCGGAGCCUGGGAAUGCCGGUGUAGAGGGUGAGAAGGCGCGGUUUUGCGGCCGCAGCUACGGGGAACGGGAGAUGGCGGCGCGAUGGAGCAGCGAGAACGUGGUGGUGGAAUUCCGUGACUCCCAGGCGACUGCCAUGUCUGUGGACUGUCUCGGGCAGCAUGCAGUGCUUUCUGGCCGCCGAUUCCUAUACAUCGUUAAUCUAGAUGCCCCUUUCGAAGGUCACCGAAAGAUCUCUCGUCAGAGCAAAUGGGACAUUGGAGCUGUGCAAUGGAAUCCUCAUGACAGCUUCGCACACUAUUUUGCGGCUUCGAGUAACCAGCGGGUAGACCUGUAUAAGUGGAAAGAUGGCAGUGGGGAAGUUGGCACAACCUUACAAGGCCAUACUCGUGUUAUCAGUGACUUGGACUGGGCAGUGUUUGAGCCAGAUCUUCUGGUCACCAGCUCUGUGGACACCUACAUCUACAUUUGGGAUAUCAAAGACACAAGGAAACCUACCGUUGCACUGUCUGCUGUAGCGGGUGCCUCCCAAGUCAAAUGGAAUAAAAAAAAUGCUCAUUGUCUGGCCACCAGUCAUGAUGGGGAUGUGCGGAUAUGGGACAAGCGGAAACCCAGCACAGCAGUGGAAUAUUUAGCAGCUCACCUGUCUAAAAUCCAUGGCUUGGACUGGCACCCAGACAGUGAGCACGUUCUUGCUACCUCCAGCCAAGACAACUCUGUCAAGUUCUGGGAUUACCGCCAGCCUCGGAAAUACCUCAACAUUCUUCCUUGCCAGGUGCCUGUCUGGAAGGCAAGAUACACUCCUUUCAGCAAUGGAUUAGUGACUGUGAUGGUUCCCCAGCUGCGGAGGGAAAACAGUCUUCUCUUAUGGAAUGUCUUUGACCUGAACACCCCAGUCCAUACCUUUGUGGGGCAUGAUGACGUGGUGCUGGAGUUCCAGUGGAGGAAACAGAAGGAAGGAUCGAAGGACUACCAGUUGGUCACGUGGUCACGGGAUCAGACCUUGAGGAUGUGGCGGGUGGAUUCCCAGAUGCAGAGACUGUGUGCAAAUGAUAUACUGGAUGGUGUUGAUGAUUACAUUGAGAACAUUUCUCUUCUGCCGGAACCAGAGAAGACUCUUCACACUCAAGAUGCAGACCACCAGCACAACUCAAGCCAUGGAGAGGAAGAAGUCAUAAAGGAAGACCCCCCUAGCAGUCUCCUCGAAGAGAAGAAAUCUGAUCAGCUGGGACUGCCGCAGACUCUGCAGCAGGAGUUCUCUCUGAUCAAUGUGCAGAUCCGCAACGUCAACGUGGAGAUGGAUGCAGCAGACAGGAGCUGCACAGUGUCUGUGCAUUGUAGCAACCAUCGUGUCAAGAUGCUGGUGAAGUUCCCAGCCCAGUAUCCAAACAACGCAGCUCCUUCCUUCCAGUUUAUUAACCCCACAACCAUCACGUCCACAAUGAAAGCUAAGCUACUCAAGAUCCUGAAAGAUACUUCUCUGCAAAAAGUGAAACGGAACCAGAGUUGUCUGGAGCCCUGCCUGCGCCAGCUUGUGUCCUGCCUUGAGUCUUUUGUGAACCAAGAAGACAGUGCUUCCAGCAAUCCUUUUGCACUCCCAAACUCUGUCACACCACCCUUACCAACGUUUGCACGGGUCACCACCUAUGGAUCUUACCAAGAUGCCAAUAUUCCCUUUCCUAGGACGUCAGGGGCUAGGUUCUGUGGAGCAGGGUACCUGGUGUACUUCACGAGGCCUAUGACCAUGCAUCGAGCGGUGUCCCCAGCAGAACCUACUCCAAGAUCUCUCUCGGCCUUGUCUGCUUACCACACUGGGUUGAUAGCACCCAUGAAGAUACGCACAGAGGCCCCUGGGAACCUUCGUUUAUACAGCGGCAGCCCCACUCGCAGUGAGAAAGAGCAGGUCUCCAUCAGCUCCUUCUACUACAAGGAACGGAUGUCUCCUCGCUCUGCCCGGCGACGUUGGUCCAUACAAGCAAUUAACGACUUCCCGAAAUCAAGGAGAUGGAAAAGUAAGCGCGAGGGAUCGGACUCUGGCAAUCGACCAAUCAAGGCUGCGGGAAAGGUCAUCAUCCAGGACAUCGCAUGCCUUCUUCCUGUUCACAAGUCGCUAGGAGAACUCUACAUAUUGAAUGUGAAUGAUAUUCAAGAAACGUGUCAGAAGAAUGCAACUUCUGCCUUGCUUGUUGGAAGGAAGGAUCUUGUCCAGGUUUGGUCGCUGGCUACUGUAGCCACAGAUCUGUGCCUUGGUCCAAAGUCUGACCCAGAUUUGGAAACACCCUGGGCUCGACAUCCAUUUGGACGACAGCUGCUGGAGUCCCUGUUGGCUCAUUACUGCCGACUCCGGGAUGUCCAAACAUUGGCUAUGCUCUGCAGUGUAUUUGAAGCCCAGUCUAGGCCUCAGGGAGUCCCAAAUCCCUUUGGGCCCUUCCCCAGCCGAUCAUCCAACCUUGUGGUGUCCCACAGUCGAUAUCCUAGCUUUACUUCCUCUGGUUCCUGUUCCAGCAUGUCAGACCCAGGGCUCAACAGCGGUGGCUGGAACAUAGCGGGAAGAGAAACAGAACAUAUAUCUUCACCUUGGGGAGAGUCUUCACCAGAGGAAAUCCGCUUUGGGAGUCUGACCUAUAAUGAUCCUCGUGAGCGAGAACGUGACCUGCAUGAUAAAAAUAAAAGACUUCUGGACCCUGCCAACACCCAGCAAUUUGAUGACUUUAAGAAAUGCUAUGGUGAAAUCCUCUAUCGCUGGGGUCUGAGAGAAAAACGAGCAGAAGUGCUGAAGUUUGUUUCCUGUCCUCCUGACCCUCACAAAGGGAUUGAGUUCGGGGUAUACUGUAGCCACUGCCGCAGUGAGGUCCGGGGCACACAAUGUGCCAUCUGCAAAGGCUUCACCUUCCAGUGCGCCAUCUGCCACGUGGCUGUGCGAGGAUCAUCCAAUUUCUGCCUGACCUGUGGGCACGGUGGACAUACCAGCCACAUGAUGGAGUGGUUUCGGACCCAGGAGGUGUGUCCCACUGGGUGUGGCUGUCACUGUCUGCUGGAAAGCACUUUCUGAACAGCCAGAGCAUGGUGUUGUCGGAAAUCCAAGAGAACCCCGUAAAUACGGGUUACAAGCCCCCUGCCAGGAGAGAGGCUCCAGGACCAUUCCCAUUGAGGGGCAUUUUCCCCUCAAAGACUGUUGGAGAAGGAUGAGGAAAGACGGUGGAGACACACAGGCCAGGUGGAAGUUUUCUUGGAGGAAAACAGCUUGCCUCCAGUGCCUUGUUAACCUCACACCACUGCACAGCAUCCUUUCUGAUGACAUACAAAGACUGAAGUCAGACGCAAAGGACCAGCUCCUGAGCCAGAGGACACUGGACAUGAUGUAGUCAACAGAGUGGGUCUGUGACAUAAGUUGGUGCAUCUAAUGAACUAGUGGACAGUGAUCGUUUAAAAUAUGAUACCUAAACUAUGAAUAUGUGCGUAAGGAUUUUUUUUUGUGUUUUUAUUGAUAUUGGUUUACAAUUAAGGGUUCUCCAGAUGUCUUUUUUCGUUUGUUAGUGCUCUUCCAGGCUGCUCUCCUUUGACUAAUAAAAUUCUAGAAAUUAUUUUAAAAAAGAGAAUGUUGACCAACAAUUAGUGUGUCUUUGCUUU